CAGUGUACAGCAUCUUUGAUUUCUUUUCAGCCAAAGUUACGAAAAACCCAAGGAGGGAAGCAAGAGAAGAAAAUUAUCCAUCCUUACAGCCGAAAAGCCGCACAGCUUGCAAGGGAAGCACACAAACAGGAAAAGAAGGAAAAGUUGAAAACUGACAAAGCUUUGCGUUUGAGCAUCAUUGGAGAAAAAUUGGAAUGGUUUCAAAGUCACCUUGACCCCAAUAAAGUUGAGUACACGAAGAAGGAAGCUGGUGAACUAAUUGAAAAUUAUAUUUGUCGAUUCAAUGCUGAAUUGGAGCAGAUUGAAUUACAAAACAGUAUUAAAGGUAGACAAGGAAGACAGCAUGGUUCACGGGAAGCUGUCAUCAAGCAGACCAUAGAACGUGAAAGACAGCUCUAUGAAGGCUAUGGAAUAGAAAUCCCAGACAUUAUGAACAGAAAGCAUCUUAAAUUUUUCAGGGAAUGGGAUGGUGAUCUGAAGAAACUGCCAAACAUCAAAAUGAAAAAGCUGUCAGCUAUGGAUGUUGCUUGCAGUGCUUGCAGUCACCCUGAGGUAGCAGAUGUGGAAGCUAAAGAAGAAUUAAAUAAAGCAGAAGAGGUGGCCUAAUGAGCACCAGCUGGUUCAAGAGCUGAAACAGCUGAAGGAAAUUCUAAGAAAUCUAUUUUAAUUACCACUGGAAAUGAGAAUAGAUUCCAACUAUAUUCGCAAAGGCA